CCCGGACCCCCGGACCCCGGCCCCGGGAUGCGGUGUCACUAUGAGGAACUCGGUGUUCCCAGGGACGUCAAUGAAGAGGAUUUGAAAAAAGCUUAUCGGAAACUGGCGCUGAAAUGGCAUCCGGAUAAGAACUUAGAGAAUCCGGAGGAUGCUGCCGAGAGGUUUAAACUGAUCCAGGCAGCCUACGAUGUACUGAGUGACCCUCAGGAGAGAGCAUGGUAUGACAGCCAUCGAGAGGCGAUCCUGAAGGGGGGUCUGAAUGGUGAUUAUGAGGAUGACAGUGUGGAUUUGCUGCAAUAUUUCACCACAGCGUGUUACUCUGGGUAUGGUGACGAUGAGAAGGGUUUCUACACUGUUUAUCGCCGGGUUUUCGAGGAGAUUGUGCAGGAGGAGCUGGAGUCUCUACAGGAGCCUGAGGAACGGACAUGGCCGUCAUUUGGAGAUUCUCAGAGUGACUAUAACACGGUGGUUCACCUGUUCUAUGCCCAUUGGCAAAGUUUCUGCACCCGGAAGCUGAUGGCCUGGAGGGAUAAGUAUGACACGAGGCAGGCGUCAAACCGCUGGGAGAAACGGGCCAUGGAAAAGGAGAACAAGAAGAUUCGGGAUAAGGCCAGGAAGGAGAGGAAUGAGGUGGUGCGGCAGCUGGUAGCUUUUAUCCGCAAGCGAGAUCGGAGGGUGCAAACUCAUCGCAAGAGGCUGGAAGAACAGAACGCAGAGAAAAUCAGGAGGUUUGAGGAGCUUCGGAGGCAGCAGAAACUCGAGCAGGCCAGGUUAGCUGAUCAGUACCAGGAGCAGAGCUGGGUGGCCAUGUCAGACCUGGAGAAGGAGCUGCAGCAGAUGGAGGCUCAGUACGAGAAGGAGUUUGGUGAUGGUUCUGACCAUCCGGAAGGUUCCGGCCAUCAGGACGAAGCUCAGGAUCGGAUUGGGACAGGAGAAGACACACGCACUGACCCCACUCAGGGUGACAUCGAUUAUUGUGACAGCCUAUUCUGCCCGGCUUGUGAGAAAAUCUUCCAAAGCGCUAAGACCAUGGAGAAUCACAAAAAGUCCAAGAAACACCGAGAGAUGGUGGCCUUACUACGGCAGCAGCUGGAGGCUGAGGAGGAGGAGCUGUGUGAAUGGUCAGGAGAGGAUCGAGGCGGAGAGGAGGAACCACCAGAGGAUCGAGGCAGAGAGGAGGAACCACCAGAGCAUCGAGGCGGAGAGGAGGAACCACCAGAGCAUCGAGGCGGAGAGGAGGAACCACCAGAGGAUCGAGGCGGAGAGGAGGAACCACCAGAGGAUCGAGGCGGAGAGGAGGAACCACCAGAGGAUCGAGGUGGAGUGGAGGAAUUCCAUGAGGAAGCUCAGAGAGUCUCCAAGAAGCAGAAGAGGAGGAAACGACAACAGAAGAUGUUCAGUGAGAGUUCCCCUGAAGCCACUGAUUCCCAGAACCUCACUACCACAGUCACUCACUCAGAAUGGAACAACGGGACUGCAGAGGAGGAGAGAUUGGGUGAGAGCAGCAAACGUCAUCAGGAGCAGGAACCCGACUCUGUGAUUACAGAGCAACAAGAAAGCUCAGAGUCUACUGAGCAGCACAAAGAUGGCGCAACAGAGGGAAGAACAGCAACUUCAUCAAGCUUCUUAAAAGCUAAACGAGGGAAAAAGGGAAAACAAGAGAAGAGAGGGAAGACCCCCAGUGGAGAAGCAACAGCUCAGGAAGCUGUGAUUCGCUGUGUGACCUGUGACUCUCAAUUCUCCUCGAGAAACAAGUUGUUUGAGCAUCUGAAGAUGACGGGACACGCGACAGUCCAGCAGAGACCCAGGACUGCCGACAGGAGCCAGACUAAAGCAGGGAAUCGCAGGAAUCGAUAGGAUAGCACCUGAAGCCUUACACACUGAGAUGGUGGAAAUUGGGCAGAGAGAGGGGACAUGCUACCUGCAGAUAACCCCCUCCCCUUCCACAGGACAGACCUCGGUCAGUUUACUGGGCCUGAGGACUGAGAUGAGGAGGACAGUGAAUGAUGGAAGCCCCUUGCACCUUCCCACCGAGCAUCAUCUGAAACAACAGCAGAUCCCAAAAUCACUCACUCUUGUAUUGCGUUUAUUUAUAAAAUGCUUUUUCUAUUCUGAUACAA